AUCGCCGCACCGCAACACGACUCACGAUUCACGACAACUGACUGCGCCGCCAUGCAGUCCGCCACCGGCAAACGCGUCCUGAGCACCCUCGCCUCCAAGAUCCACCCCCAGCUGCCGCUUUCCCCGCGAGAAAGCCAGCAGUUGCUGUCUCUGCUUACCCAGUCCUUCCGCGCCCACCUCGACCGCGAACACCCUUUCCCCCCCUCGGAGAGCACCCAGAGAGCACCAUCCCGGCAACUGUUGAUUAGCAGUGGGCAGCGUGCCCCAUCUCCGCACCAUGCAGCCGCCUCUUCCUAUGCCUCGACCACCCAGCAUCUGGACUUGAUCCUAAACAAUCCACUGUUUGCAGUCAAGCCCCGCCGGAGAGGGUCGGGGUCUGCCGCCGUCGAUGUCCUGAGAGACCCUGUUGGGUGGUUUAUCAACGAAAUAGCGUCUGGUUCUGCCACUUUACAAAAGGCGGCCAUUUGCCUCGAAGUACUCGAGAAAACAACAAACGAAAGCCUAUCGCGGCUCAAGGAUGGAGCCACACCAGCAAAUGUGCUUUCAGAAUGGCUACGGACUAGUGGAUUGGACACAUCACGUCAAUUCUUGGACAUGUGUAUAUCAAAGUCAGGCAACGGCAGUAGAUUCCUCGACAGGCUAGUGGCUUUACAGUUGACCGAAGGCGAAACCUCUGCACCAUGGCGCUGGUUCAUCCGAUCGAAUGAGCAGCGUGUCAAAGAAACUGGUCUGGACGUCUCAAGAGUGACCAAGUUCAGGCAACAGCUUCUGGAGAAGAUGGUAUCGAUUGAGGCAAACACAAGCUUGAACAGCGGUCUGGCUACCUUUAUGCAAGCAUUCCGCUUCACGGAGAAUGCGGGCUACGAAUCAGCACACGGUGUGUUGAGGACCGCUGGCGGUCGUCUUGUCAACCGCAUUAUUUCCAGCCGGGACCAAUCUAUCGACCUUGAACUGUACCAAUCAUUCUCUUCAUCGUUACAACGUUGGCUUGGAAGCUGGAGUCGAGCCGUCGAGGCCAUGCUUUCCCUCCAUCGACCUUCAGAAAGCAGUCCAAUGCCAGGACUCAAGUUCAUUGAGGACCCCGCUGGAGCCGCCACAUUUGCACAGUCAUCACGAAGCCGACGCAAUUUCCUCGUCCAGCUAUGCCUGGGUGUUGCCAGACAGCUUCUGGAACAAGAGAAGUUUUCACAAGCACAUGUAGCCAUGGAGUUCACCAAGAUGCACUUUGCAGACCUUGUGCUACCAAAGCCAGCAACCCUGGCGCAACCAGCAUCAGAGCCGUGGAGCGUGCGCAGGGAGCAACAGAACUUGGAAUUGCUAGACCGGCUGAUCCCUACCUGAAGGGGCAUUGGAACGAAAAGAAGCGAAGAAAAAAACGAAACAAGAAAAAAAAAUCACUCAUAGUUGUGGCUCUAUUUUUUUUUGCAAGCCAUGAUCAGGUCACAAGCGUGUCUUUUUGGGGUUUUGGCCAAAUGUCAGAUUGACAGGUCGCCACCGAUGCGGGUCCAAGGGGUUUAAUGGCACCGCACUUUGACCGUGCGGGGAAAGCGGCCGGCCUUGGAGUUUAGAAAACGUGGUCAUCACAUCGUCAUAGCUGUACUACGAUCAACGUAGAGUAAGCAAAAUGAGGGGGAAAAGGCGCGAUUUACAUGCAACGCAACAAUUGCCAUACACACAGAAGCAAGCAGUAUGCUGAAUAUGAAAUUUAAUUCAUUUUUCAAUUGGCUCUAAGAGCUGGUUAUUCUACAUUAGUCUGUAAUAGACUUUCUCUCUCUGU